AUGGCGGCUCCGACGCUGACGGGGAGGCUGUAUUCCCUGCUGUUCCGCAGGACCUCCACCUUCGCCCUGACCAUCGCCGUGGGCGCCCUGUUCUUCGAGCGUGCCUUCGACCAAGGCGCGGACGCGAUCUACGAACAGAUCAACCAGGGGAAGCUAUGGAAACACAUCAAGCACAAAUAUGAGAACUAG